AUGCGGUUCAGGAAAACGAAGAAGUCCAUGGAUGGAUCCUGUGAAUCCACGGUAGCGAAUGAUUCCAGUACUAAGAGUCUCAUCUCACAGAUUGAGGACUGUCACAAGAAAGAUUGCAUUCUCUGCUCUAGAGAAACCACUUCAGAUGGCGUUGACUUGGCAAGGCACCUCAUCAAAAGCUUGCAUGACAAUGACUGGGAAAGUACACGUGCUUUGGUUGCUGAUGACCUCGUCUGCUACUUUCAUAAUCUGUCCCAUGAGGUGGAUUAUGAGCUGAAUUUGAAUGACUUGCAUGAAGAGGUUGCCAAUAUUCACCGUGCCCUCCCAGACUUUUCACUUCACUACAAGUCCAUAAGGAAGCAUCCUACCAACUCAGGCGUCGUCAUAGUGAAUCAAGUUGUGGCAUCGGGCACCCACACAGCUGCACCUUAUGCCUUCGGACCAUUUGAGCCCAUCAACCCUACUGGGAAGAAGGUCGUGAAUGACCCUGAAGAGCUCCACAUCCUUGUCCAAGAUGGCAAGAUCUGUCGGUUGGAUUUUUACCCCAUGGGAGAGUACACCGGGCCAGCAGGGUUGUACACGCAGCUGGGUGGCUUCCCACUCUUGUGA